AUGGUUCCCAGACACACGUCAAAGCCACGUAUUGAUAGACUUUCUGUAGACCUCGGAAACAUGGCAUGGAAUGAAACCAACAUCACUCAAGGGAUACCGGCACCCGAAGGUGCCCGAGAAUCGGCUGUUACUGAUGACGGAAGAAUCCGAGUUUUGGUUCACGCAAGAAUGAGGUCUGGAUCGAGCCUAACAGCGCGUUAUAUCGGGUACCAUCCGGAUUUCUUUUAUGCAUACGAACCAGGGUGGAUGAUAGCUCACCAGUUACCGGGAACGCAAACAGCAGAUGACAGUUUUAGUGCGUUGGAGAAGAUGCGACCACACCUCAUCUCCGUUUUACAAGGAAUUUACAGCUGUGAUUUCUCGAAACACGAAUAUUUUGUUCGUUAUUUGAACAAGAUAUCAUUUUUUCGUUCGUACGUUAGAUUGCCCCUGCCGCCUCCUAUUACGACACACGAUAUAACGAGAUUUUGCGAAUCAAAAGAGCAUAUACUGGUUAAAACCAUACGGCUUUAUAACAUUUUCCAAAUUGCCAAUAUUAUUAAAACCCAAAACGUUAAGGUCAUUCACCUCGUUCGCGACCCACGUGGGAUGGCGUCAUCACGCGAGCUAUUUCAGCACCUCGAAACCAAUCAAAGCCUUUUUCACGGAACAUUGGAGAGAACGAUUAAAGAAUCGUGCAUGUGGAUGGAAGCGAACUACAUGGUUGAAAUAAAUGCGCCAAAAUGGAUGAAAAGUAACUAUAUUUUAGUUCGGUACGAGGACAUAGCCGACAGCCCACGAAAAUGGGUUCCAAAAUUGUACGAUUUUAUUGGCAUGCAGACGACAGCAGAGCAAGUAGAUAACAUGAUACAGAUAGAAACCAGUAACAGACCCAAUAACGGUCAGGCUUGGCGACACAAAUUAACUUAUACUCAGGUCAAACGAAUACAAGAGUUGUGUCCAGCAAAUGUGUUUAAAAUGUUCGGUUACGCCCUUGUUGACACGGAGGAACAGUUGAAAGGGAAUUCGAGUUUAGUAUUAGACGAGUUUGGUUCUGUACAACUUUGA